GCGAUGCUAAAUGGGGAUUUUAGGAGAUUUCUAGCUCCCAGUGUCGUGUGCGUAAACUCUUCAAUAGUUGGUUCUCAAGAGAAUUAAACUAAAUAGAAUCAAUGUUUUCUGGAAAUGGUGUGUAAAGAAGACGUUGUGACAUGGUUUAAAGAAUUAACUAGCCACAAACGUAUUGAUGUAAUGUGUACUUUGCUGAAUAUGUGCCUUCCAUUUGAACUACGGUUCCUUGGCACAUGUCUUGAGGACCUCGGUAAACGAGAUUUCCACGAUUUGAGGGAUGUAGAGAAUCGUGCGAAUAAUGUUUCGGAGUUGUCCGAUUUGCAGUGCUUUAGUGAUAAACGAACUCAAAGAAAAUUAGCCUUAUAUCUUGCGCUGUUGCAUUCGUGUAAUCAUGCAUGUUCCAAUGGCCUUUACAAGAUUUUAGCCAACUUUGAUUUUGGUGAAAUUAAUAACCUUACGAACAAUUCUUCCGAAGAAAAUCCUUUGGAUGAACUUUUGUUACUUUAUACCCUAGCUCUGAACCAUCCAGCUUUUACUUAUGAACAGAGAGCUAUGUUUGGAAAUAUUUUAGUGAAACUUCAAGAUGAAGAAAAUAAGUUAUAUGCAGCCAGACAUUCUGUCGGUAUAGGCCUAGUGUAUGUUAAGAAUCCCAUGCAGGCGUGUGUCCCUUGCCCUGCGUCUGAUGAGCAAGGGCAACUAGGACCUUGCACAGGCCUUACAAUGCCUCCUACUCACCCAGCAGCUGACUUGAAAGGCAGAAAUUCUCUCCCUCCAGGGCUCAAUCUCCCUCCGGGUCUGAGUCUGCCUCCGGAUCAUCAGAUGACUGCUACGAGUUAUGUGCAUGUUACAUUUCCAUCAGCUGGACACCAACAACUCCCUGCAGUGCAGUGGCAUGGGGCGCCGCUCAUGAUGACAAGCCUCUGCAGCACUCUGCCCAGUGAACUGCGGCGAAUGAGUGAUGAUGAGCUGAAGGAUUUGGGGCUGCCUGCGGGUGCCAUUCACCAGCUUCGAGCUAUAGUCACAAAGUUAAACAACACCAAUGGCAUCAGCACUCUUGACAAAAGGGAGCCAGGUCCUGUGGUGAACAGAAGAAAGCAGGAGAACAAUGCUGAUGAGGUGGCUGAGAGGAAGAACCAACAUGCCGCUCCAGUGCUGCAGCGGAUCAACCGCUUUCCCUUGGAAGGGGCGCCGAUGGUCUACCCUCCACCCUCCCUGCUGUCUGCACCUGCGGCACCUUGUUUCACUUGUUUUGUGCCGGUGACUUCGGCCCCAGGCCGAUACCCUCCACAACCACAACCGUACUGCUGUGUGGGGCAUGGUAUGCGCGGGUUGCGCAUAGACGAUUCAGCACGACACUGCUCCAACAGUAGUAGUGCCGCAUCAGACAGCUCGAGUGCCAGUCACUCUCCUCCAGACACACCAUCAAUGCCCACCACUCCUCAGUGGGAGAGAGUCUACCCUGGAAAGGAAAUUAACUUAGGUGAAAGGUGGAGCCCUGGAUGUGAAGAUCACACUGAGAAAGAUAGGAGAUUAACAGAGCCCACUGAGAAACCAGGAGGAGAAGAAACGAACAGUGGGGCCCCACCUUCACAACCACCUGGAGUACACGCUACCAAUAUCAGCGUUACCUCCUCAACUACUGCUAAUAACAACAACACCACUACCAGCAGCAAUAAUAACAGUAGCAGCAGUAGUAGUAGUACCAAUAGCAAUAGCAAUAACCGGCCAAGGGUCCCUGGUCUUGGAAGAGGUAAACCCACUCCACCUGGACUCCAAUUACCAAGAGGAAGGGGUCCAAAUCCUACAACGGUUAUCCUUGAGGGCAACCACAAGACACUGCCUAGCUGUCGAAGGGAAGGUCCUACAAUGAACGGUGCCCAGCCUCCCCCACGUACAUCUCAUCCUCCACCCACACCCCCUCAUGACGAUCGGAAAAUGUACUUUGUACCUUCUGAUAUGGCGCAUACUUACUCCACUGUAAAUUCUACCAGUCAGCCACCACCCCCACAAUACUCAGGAGGAACUUGUGGGAACAACCCUCAGCAUCGGCCGGCGGACAUGUCUGGCGGUAGCAGCAACGUGCCUUACUCCCCAGCCACUGCUGCUGCUUUCCUUCCCCACACCCACUUCAAUGCCCUGAGGUCAACAGGGUCCCUUUUCCCCAGCUUUGCUCACAGCAGCUACAUGAGGCCCUUUCCCUUUUCUCCUAAUGGUGAAUUAGUGUACCAGUACCAUGGACCUCAGACACCACCACCUCCCCCACCAACGGCAUUCAUACCAACACCAAUGGUGGCAGCAUUUUCACCUGUCGUUCCUCCGCCCAAGGUGUCCUGCUACAACUGUGGCAGUCAAAGUCAUCAUGCCAGUGACUGCAAAGACCCAACAAUGGAGGAAAUGACAAAGCCAGGCCAGUACCGGAUAGAUUACGUUCCAUACCAGAAACCAGGUGAAUGCUCGUCAGAGAAGUGACCUCAGCAGCUGCCUUACCAGAAGCUCGUUCCAGUGUUUCCUGCACCUGGACCGUGUCUGGUGAGCAAUGAGCCACGCCAUUUCCGUUCAUAUGUUUAUUGGAAACUGCUUCACACGGCGGCUAAAGGACGCUCUCAAGAAUUGUCGUGAUCCUCAAAAGUGAGGUGCUGAUUACAUAUUCUUAUUCUAGUACUUUUGAUUUACUGCUUCUUAUUUAUUCUCAGACUAUGCAAAGUUUGUUUUAUGAAGACUUGUAUCUGGUACAUUUCCGGUGUUCAUGCCAGCAAGCACGAGAGAGCUGUGUCUUUUUAAAGUUAUAAAAAUAUAUUAAUAUAUACAUAAAUAUAUAAAUAUAUAUAAACAAUAAUGUACAAAUUUGUGUAAAUGUAAUGUAUCAAUAGUGUGUAUGAUUUACAGUUGAGUUUUCUCAGUGCAAAUUGAAGCUGUGUGCAUCUACCGACCAAACUAACAAAAGAAAAAUAACUGUGUGUCCAGAGGUCAGCGUAGUGUUCCUUUGUACGAUACUGGUACUCUGUGCGUGGAUGUUUUCAUUUUGCCUAUAGGACCUUUUGUACAGGCUCUGGCAAAGUUUUGAGUGCCUCGCCCAAGAACCAUUGUUGAAUUUUUUUGUAAAUGCUGCUAGUGGGAAAUGAUAAGCAUUCUUUUUCCUUCAGUUUUUUAUAGCUGUCAGUUUAUAUGUAUUUUUUGUGUUUUACUAGCUUAACAGAAGUUUGCUUAUGUGUGAUAUGAGAUGAAUGAGCAAUAUUUCGCUUUAUCUUAACUUGACUGGAACUCUUGUAUAAUAGUAUUGUGUUUCGAAUUACUUUUGUAUAUUAUUUCCUUGAACUCAGCUGUUGUGAUCUUCUCAUUUCACCACUACAGCAACAGCUGUUUAUGCUAUGUCAAAAGUAGUCCUUCAUCUAUGAAAGGACUCAAAAACUCUAAAGCAGCUUUGCCAACAAUCAUAGGUUACAUGUAGCUCAUCCUUGUAGCAAAGCAGUUUGCAAUGCUUGCUCACUGUAAACUUGAAAGUUGUACUAAUCCUUCAUUGUGGUGAUUCAUUCUGAAGAAGCACAAAAUUUUAAAUACAUUUUAAUUCGAGUGAACUUUAUAUUUGAAUGCAUAUCAAUUAAAUUUUGACCAUUGCAACCUUUAUACAAAUUUUUUAGGACUUAAUGGAGGACAUUGAUACAUAUAGUGAUUUUGUUGGUAUAUUCUGAUGAUUUAAAAAUUUAUUAGGUACAAAUUUUGGUUGAUUUGUAUUGAGCUAUGGAAUGUGCAAGAAUGUUUUGUAUGUGCUGGACCAUUGAAUCUUUAAAAAAAGAAAAUAAAAAUGGAAUGGUCUUAUCAAAAUGAAUGCUUCCAAACCAUUAGGAGCAAUCAACUCACCAUAUUGUUAUCUGGAUACCCGUGUAAUGGGCUGCUUGAAGCCCUCAGUCAGUGUUUGUACAUAUAUAAAAAUGUUAAAAAACAAAAACAAAAUUAGAUUAAGAAUGUUUUUAAAUACAUGUGAUGUGUAUAUAUUAUAUAAUUAUUAUAUGCAGUUAAGUCAAAAAUUGAAAUAUAUUUGUAAAUUAAGUUGUAAUGAGUGAAAUCAUUUUACCUUUAUGUAUUAAAAAUAUUGAAAUAAAUAAUCUCAAAAACUGCCAA